AGUCUGAGCCUGUACCGCACCGCUGCACCUUCAGGUCUGAUUACCGCCCCACAGCUCUGGUGAAGUGUAGGAAGCCGCAUCCGGUGACGUGUACGGCCCGUCUGACGUCACCGCGUCCUAGCGUAAGCAGAACCCGGACACAACGCCUGGUGGAUGAACAUGGCAGAGCAGCCGGUGGUGUGUGCGGCACAGGUGAGCCCGGGCGUCCAGAGCAACAACAGCGGUGGCGGUGCUGCGGUGCCCGUCCUCUUCUGCUUCUCCGUCUUUGCCCGGCCUUCCUCCGUACCACACGGUUCCGGCUAUGAAGUCCUGAUCCAGAAGUUCCUCGGUCUGUACGGGGAUCAGAUAGACAUGCACCGCAAGUUCGUAGUGCAGCUGUUCGCGGAGGAGUGGGGCCAGUACAUCGACCUGCCCAAAGGCUAUGUGGUCAGUGACCGGUGCAAGGUCCGCCUGGUGCCCCUGCAGAUCCAGCUGACAACACUUGGGAACCUUACUCCUGCUAGUACUGUGUUUUUCUGUUGUGACAUGCAAGAGCGGUUUAGACCAGCUAUCAAGUAUUUUGGAGAUAUUAUAAGUGUAGGGCAAAGAUUGCUACAAGGUGCACGUAUAUUAGGAAUACCGGUGAUUGUCACAGAACAGUAUCCUAAAGGACUAGGGAGCACUGUGCAAGAACUUGAUCUAACAGGAGUGAAGCUUGUGCUGCCAAAAACUAAAUUCUCUAUGGUUUUACCAGAAGUGGAGGCAGCGCUAGCUGAAAUUCCUGGAGUUCGUAGUGUUGUACUGUUUGGAGUUGAGACACAUGUAUGCGUUCAACAAACAGCGCUGGAUCUGAUUGGCCGUGGAGUAGAAGUUCAUAUUGUAGCAGAUGCAUCUUCAUCAAGAAGCAUGAUGGAUAGAAUGUUUGCCUUAGAGCGUCUCGCCAGGAACGGGAUUAUAAUCACCACAAGUGAGGCUGUUCUCUUGCAGUUGGUAGCAGAUAAGGACCAUCCUAAGUUCAAAGAAAUCCAAAAUCUUAUUAAAGCAAGUGCUCCCGAGUCAGGACUCCUUUCUAAAGUGUAACUGCACAAUGAAUGACUCUCCCCAUCGGCUUCUAUUAACUUGUGAUCUUUUCCAGUACAAUAAUUGCAGGUCUGCAUGAGUGUUCCGUGCAGUAAACUAGCGUUUCCGAUAUCUUCAUGGACUAGUCCGUAAAUGAUUGUUUGCCUGUGUCAGAUGAAGUGACUACUGUAAUUUGUGUAUGUUAUGGAUGUUGUUUCCCUAGGGCUUGUGUAUGGUAGAUCAGGACUGUGUGCAAUCUGUCCUUUUUUUUACUGUUUUACAUCAGCAAUAGUAAUCUCCAGAAUCCUGCCUCUUCCAAGUUCAUCUAGUAUGCAUAUAUGAAGCCUGGAAUAUUGUUAAAGUUAUAUGGCGUGGUGAAGUGCCAGUCACUUAGUGCAUUGUCUACAGACUGGACAGUAUGUGCCAUAUGUCUACUAAAACCCACUUUCUAUACAUUCCCACCCAGUCUUAAGAACACAUUAAAGACAUAAUGAUCCAUUAAUGGAAAUUAGAGUAUUUGGAUCAUUCAAGCUUUACUCUUAUAGUAUAAAAGGUACUAUGCAGCUGGAGUAGACAGACAACUGUAGAUUUUAGAUGCCAGGCAAAAAAAAAAAAAAAUAGAUUACUUCAAUUCACAGCUUUUAUAAAAGUAAAUUAAAAAAUGUACAAAAAUCAUAGGACUUGGCAAGAGAUUUCUAGUCAAAAUUGAUACCUAGCUCCUGGGAUUUGCACUGCCUCUUGUUAUAAGGUAACCAGAAUGUAAGUACACACGGACAGUACACAGCGAGUACGGAUGUGAUAUACUCACUAGAUAGAUAGAGAUAUAGAUAGAUAGAUAUCUAUCUCUAAUAUAUAUUAUGGAUUGUGACUAAAUAGUAGUACAGAGAAGAGAGAACCUUGUAUUCUGCUAACACUGACACGUUGGUUGAAAAGUCUAUUUAUAUACGGGCAACCAAGCCAACUAUCUGGCAGACCAUUUUUUACAUGCCCUGUGUUUUGUCCUCAGGUUUAUCAAUGUCGUACGCUCUAUCAUUUCUAGGACAGUCUUCAUCUAUCUUGCUGGUCAUCCUAUUGUUCUUUUACCCGCUAAUCUCCCCUGAGCAUAGUGAUUUUUUCAGAAACCUGUCCUAAGGAGGAUGACAAGUUUUAGUCUUUUCAUGCUUUACCUUGAACUUUAGGCUUGGAUUUUUGGCCUGUGAUUCAACUUUAUUCUCAAAGACCGCUGCUUCCACCAGAGACAGACCACUCGUAUAAAACAAAAAACUAGGUCAAUUUAUCCUAUUUGUGUUUGUUAGAGAAGAUCUCCAUGUGGCAGCAGUUAUGGCUAUGAGUUUGAGGAAAGUAACACUGGGAAUUAACAGGAUGUGGAUGCAAGCUGUUGGUCCAGAUGUAAGAGAAAAUCUCCAGUAUGGGCUUGUAUACUCCAAAAUUGCACUUUUUAUUACAAUUAUUGUAUAAAAAUGUCAGAUGCAAUGCUCCGGAAGGAUAUAAGUUGUAUAUAAUAGGUUUACUUCAUUAUGCUUUUUUAUAUGUUGGGACUGAAAAGCAAAGAAUAUCCUUUUUGUGUAGGGCUCAAAGUUUGAUUUAAGAGACAUGUCCUGUGCAAAUUAUGUUUUUGACACUUUAUUAGAAUGUAAAAUGGCCCAGAAACUGUGUGGUUUUUCAGCCCAAAAAAACAGGCCUUCUUUUAUCAAUGUUUUUUAGAAAAAAAGAAAUUAAAGGUCCCAAUGGAUUCAGCCUCUAGUUUUUAAGAGUGGGGACAGAAUGACCACCGCAGCCAAUCUGCAGCCUCGGCAUUCACACUCUGUACCGCUGGCAUCACCAUUCAAUGUUGGGUGCCGUGAUGCCAGAAGUACAGAGCGUGACUGCCGAGUUUGCUGAUUAGCUGUAGUGGUCAAAUGGCCUCUGCUCCUAAAGUAAGACCGGAAGCUGAACAAGCUGAUCAGCGUGAUGGUUAGACUCCCACUGAUUGUGCAUUGAUAUCCUAUUCUAACCAUGAGCUCUCAAUGUAAACUUCCUGCAAACCCUUUAACAGGAAUUCGCCAAACACUGUAUAAUUUGCUGCAUUUAAAGAAUUUGUUUGUCUUGCUCUCAAAAUUGUACCUUUUGUUCCUUAGUGUACAGCCUGAUAUAGAAGCAGGAGCGUGGCUCUCAUCUGAAGUGAUAUGUACUUCUGAUUAUAUAGUAUACAUUUCUAUUUAAGAAGGAUAGAGAAUGUGCUCAAAUACAAUAGAUGUCAGUCAAUUGAUAUAUUACGAUUCUAUUUAAAAUUCCAAACUUUGUCCUGUAACGUAAUUCAGAUUUUUAUUAUUAUUAUUAUGUCACUUAAAGAGUGACUCUAAAUAAGGGGCCUGUGUGUUCUGUACAGUACCUCAGUUGGAAUACACCUUUAAAAGUGCAGUUUCUUUUCAUGUGAAAAUCUUUCUAGAUUGUACACUUUGUAUAUGUAUUGUUUCCAUUUUUGGUCAAUCCUUGUUAAAUAAAAUGUGACUUU